AUGGCAAAGGGACAGCCACGGGAGAGGCAGGAAGAACGGGCAUCUCUGCAGGAUGGAGCAGAGUCAAAAACAAAAGUAAAACUCACUAGAUGUGGAAAGAUUACCCUGGGUAUCUUAACGACAGUGAUUGCUGCCUUACUGAUUGGCCUCAUUGUCUAUUUUGUGGCUUAUGGAAAGGUGCCUUUCUACUAUCACAUCAGCUUUAAGGUGAACAACAUCAACUAUGAUGAAAAAUUUGCGAAGCCAUAUUCACAAGAAUAUAUGGGCUUAAAUAGAAAGAUAGUAGCUUUGAUAAAUGAGACAUUUCAUGAAUCUAGCCUGAGAAGAUACUAUGUCAAAUCUCAUGUUGUUCAAGUCAGUCGAGCCAAAGGGAAAUCGGUGAUUCAUGUUGUGCUGAAGUUUAAGUCGUGUUGUAAAAAUAAUGCAGCAAAAUUUUGGGACAAGAUUGAAACUAUUUUACGUCAAAAGCUAACAGGACAAACUGGGUCACUAAUUAUAGAUGCUUCCUCAUUUAAAUUUUCAGACAUUGCGAUGCCAAUAGCAGAAAAUCUUCUCCAUACAUGUUGUGGACAGCGCACAAUCACUCCUUCUGGCAAUAAAAUUGCAGGCGGGCAGAAUGCAGAGGAAGGAGAAUGGCCCUGGCAAGCUAGUCUUCAGCAAAAUCAUAUCCACCGAUGUGGAGCCACACUCAUUAGCAACAGCUGGCUUGUCACUGCUGCUCAUUGUUUCAUAAAUGCCAAUGAUCCCAAAGAAUGGAAUGUUACUUUUGGGCUUCUUUUGAGUGAUCAACGAACACAAAGAGCUGUCAAGGAUAUUAUAAUUCAUGAAAAUUACCAUUACCCUGCACACGAUCAUGACAUUGCUGUUGUGCGUCUGUCUUCACCAGUAUUGUACACAAGUAAUAUUCGAAGAGUAUGUCUUCCUGAAACUAAUCACACAUUCCCACCCAAUUCAGAUGUGGUAGUCACUGGCUGGGGAACAUUGAAAUCUGAUGGAAAAACUCCUAAUAUACUCCAAAAAGCAUCAGUGAAGAUUAUAGAUAUUAAGACAUGCAACAGUGGAAAAGUAUAUGGUGGAGUCAUCACCCCUGGAAUGUUGUGUGCCGGGUUCCUACAAGGACGUGUAGAUGCCUGCCAGGGUGAUUCUGGUGGACCACUGGUUAGUGCAGAUUCUAAAGGCACCUGGUUCCUUGCUGGUAUUGUAAGCUGGGGAGAUGAGUGUGCUCUUCCAAACAAGCCUGGUGUCUACACUCGAGUGACAUACUAUAGAGACUGGAUCAUGUCCAAAACUGGUGUCUAG